GAAUUUGUUUUUCUCUUCUUUCUUGCUAGUCUGUUUGGUACCUCAGAAAAUGUCUGAAAGAAAAGGAACACUCACGUAAAGUUUAAAACAGUUCGUUAGUUUAGUUGCCUCCAUUCUGUUUCAUGAUUCCCAAGCUUUCUUUUCUUUUCCUACCUUUUCUCUCAGCAAUCAAAACGACCCGCAAGUUCUUCUUUUUGUUGUAGUCCUUCACUUCUUGGGUUCUUUAUGAAUCUUUUAACGUGGGUUUCAAUUUUGAAAGCAAUUUAAUUUCUGGGUUUUGUUUGUUUGUGAUUAUUAAUAACUGUAUGAUUGUGAAUUACGUUGCAUAUAUGUUUCUUUAAUUGUGCAAGACAUUGUGUGACAGUAUAUAUUGGGUCUCUGUAGAUUCAUUGAAUUUUGAUAGGAUUUUGUGUAGUGAGUCGUUCAAAUGUACCUAUUCGUUUCAGUUUCUUGAAUUUUGAUUGUAUAUACAUUGGUUGAAUAUUCUGCAUAUGAUCACUUUGGCUUAGGAAUCGCUUUACUGUGGCAGUGCUUUUGUCAAAGUAAUCAAUGGAGCCCCUUGUUGAUGGAGUCGGUUCUUUCUUAAAAAAUCAGAAUCUCUCUGCCAAACCAUCCCGACACGAAGGUGCUUCAUCUUCUUCAUCUUAUGCAAUCACUAUGGAUCAUGGGAUGGUAACAGCCAGAUAUCCAAUGGAUUCUGUAGUUAAUUCGAAGGUUUCUUAUAAAACAUCCCUUGAUCACAUGAAAAAAGGACCACCCAAUUCAUCAGAACACCAUUACAAAUCGAACAAGGGGAAAUUGGAAUUCAUGGGCCGGACUGAUUUUCUUGAUCAAGCAGUGGAAGUUUAUUCUCAGAAACAGGUUUCGACAUCAGAAACUGUAUCUUUUAAUGAUCAUUCUGUUGAUGAAUCCGAGUAUGGUAUUUCAAGCAGCUUGCUGGAACAAAUGAAUUUUGUUUCAAAUCAAGAAGUAACACCUCAAUCGGGAAUUAGCUUCUGUGCAAGUCCACAGGACAGUGUCUACGCAGCCACGCAAUACAUGGAAGCCAAACAAAGUUUCACCGUCACAGAAGUGAGUGGAUGUGCAAACAGUGUCGAGAAUCGUCAAAUUGAAGAAGUUAGAAGCGUGGGAGAUUUUGUUGAGAGUAGGAAGACAAGUAUCUGCAGAGGGAGUAGUGGCAGCGAUGUUAGCGAUGAAAGCAGCUCGAGCACUUUGAGAAGUGCAGUUUACAAACCUCACCAGGCAAAUGAUACAAGAUGGGAAGCAAUUAAAGCCAUCAGAUCUCGUGAUGGUGUGUUGGGACUGAACCAAUUUAGGCUGUUGGACAGAUUGGGUUGUGGAGAUAUAGGCAGUGUGCAUCUGUCUGAAUUGAUUGGCACAAGUAGUUACUUUGCAAUGAAAGUUAUGGAUAAAGCAGCCCUAGCUAGUCGGAAAAAGCUUCAGAGGGCACAAACCGAGAAAGAGAUAUUGCAAUCUCUGGAUCAUCCAUUUCUGCCCACUUUGUAUGCGCAUUUUGAGACCAACAAGGUUUCGUGUUUGGUGAUGGAGUUCUGUCCUGGGGGAGAUUUGCAUACUAUCCAGCAAAGACAACAUGGGAAGUAUUUUCCAGAGCAUGCGGCCAGGUUUUACGUGGCAGAAGUUCUCCUUGCUUUGCAGUAUUUGCACAUGCUUGGUAUCAUUUACAGAGACCUUAAACUGGAGAAUGUUUUAGUGAGACAAGAUGGGCAUAUAAUGCUUUCAGAUUUCGACCUCUCCCUAAGAUGUGCUGUUAACCCAACCCUUAUCCAAUUCUCAAACUCGACCUUCAAAUCCAAAAACUCAGAUUACUGUGUUCAACCCUCUUGUAUUGAACCAUCUUGCAUAAUCCAGCCCAUGUGUUUCGCACCACGUUUCAUGACCAAGCCAAAGAAAGCAAAAAAGACCAAACCAAAGACUGAAAUAAAUCACCAAGUGAGCCCUCUUCCGGAGCUAAUGGCAGAGCCCACAAAUGCUCGAUCGAUGUCCUUUGUGGGUACCCACGAGUACUUGGCGCCUGAAAUUAUUAAAGGCGAAGGCCAUGGCAGCGCUGUUGAUUGGUGGACAUUGGGAAUCUUUCUUUACGAACUCUUGUAUGGGAGAACACCUUUCAAAGGAGCUAAUAACCGAGCCACUUUGUUUAAUGUGGUUGGACAACCCUUGAGAUUUCCUGAGUAUCCUUCAGUGAGUUUUGCUGCGAGGGACUUGAUCAGAGGUAUGCUCAUGAAAGAGCCACAUCAUCGCCUUGGAUAUCGACGUGGCGCCACUGAAAUCAAGCAGCAUCCGUUCUUUCAGAAUGUAAAUUGGGCACUGAUUCGUUGCACCAAUCCACCGGAGAUUCCAAAACCCUUCAUGAUGGACUCUAACGCUGGGAAUGAUGUGAAGAAGACGAUGGGAACAGAGAAUUCGGGUAAUUAUUCAGAGAUUGAUGAUUUCUUUUGAUGCUUCUCAUGAAAUAAUUUCAUUGACAAAAAAGAAUGAACAUAGUAGGGGUGGGUCAGUGUUUUACCCGCUUGUUGGUUUUUGAAAUAAUCAUUCCUAGAAAAAGAAAUUUUCUUUUUGGGACAUUGUGUUGAAUGGCUUCAAAGAAUAACAAACACAUGAAACUUUUGUGAUAUCAAAAAUGUAGUUAUACAACUUUACUCCGAAAAUGUCUUCAAGAAUUAGUGAAUUGCUUCUUUACUU